AUGUCGUCGCAAACAGCAACAACCCCCGCCGAGCUCCCCCCAGUCGACAUUAAACCUCUUCUCUCUCGACUCUGGCCAGUAGGCCACCCAGACACCGUCUCCUCCGACGAGAUCGCCAAUGCCAUCUCCUACUUCUUCACCAACCAAGUCUCCGAUGUCCAAGCCGGCUCCCUCCUCAUGUGCCUGCACUUCACCGGCCUCGACCGCCAAGCAGAAGUGCUCUCCAAGACGGCGCAAGCCAUGUUGAAAUCAGCCGCCAAAAUCGACGUAGAUGAGCUUCGCAAAGUAGUCGACUCCCGCCGGCGACCAGAAGGCGACUACCAAGGAGGCCUUGUCGACAUAGUCGGCACAGGAGGCGACUCCCACAACACAUUCAACAUCUCCACCACCUCUUCCAUCCUCGCCUCCUCCCUCCUCCUCAUCGCCAAACACGGCAACAAAGCCUCCACCUCCAAAUCCGGCUCGGCCGACCUCCUCAACUGCAUGACUCCCCUCCCCCCCAAAAUCUCCCUCAUCACCCCCUCCACCAUUUCUCUUCUGUAUUCCCGUUCCAACUACGGCUUCCUCUUCGCCCCGGUAUUCCACCCAGGAAUGAAAUACGUCGCCCCCAUCCGCCGCCAGCUCCCCUGGAGAACAAUCUUCAACCUUGUCGGCCCCCUAGCAAACCCAACUGACAUCUCCUCCCCCCCCCUCCUCGAAGCACGCAUGAUCGGUGUAGCGCGUAAAGAUAUCGGUCCUGUCUUCGCCUCUGCCUUGGUUAUGGCCGGAGCAAAAAAGGCAAUGGUUGUUUGUGGUGAUGAGGAGCUAGAUGAGAUUUCUUGUGCGGGGGAGACGCUCUGCUGGAGGAUUGUGGACGGGAAGACGGAAAAUUUCCGGUUGCAUCCGCGAGACUUCGGGCUGCCAGCUCACCCGCUUAGUGAGGUCUCUCCGGGCAAGGAACCGCAGGAGAAUGCGGCGAUUCUGACGAGGAUUCUGAACGGGGAGGUGCCGGAUGAUGAUCCGAUUUUGCAUUUUGUGCUGAUCAACACGGCGGCGUUGUUUGUUGUUGCGGGGGUUACCGAGGCGGAGACGAGUGAUAUGGGGUAUGGGGAUGACGGGAAGGUCAUUACUGAAAGGGGGCCGGGAGGGGGGAGGUGGAAGGAAGGAGUUAGAAGGGCGAGGUGGGCGGUCAAGAGCGGGGAGGCGGCGAGGCAGUGGGCGAGGUUUGUCGAGGUUACAAACUCGUUUCCCGAAGAGUAG